CGUUGCAUUGCAUCGCAGCGCAUAGCAUAGCAUCGCACUCCUAUCAUCCUCGAACUAUAUCUCAAGCUCAACCAAUCAAAAUAUCUUCUUAGAGACUGAGAGCAAGAAUUUGCUCGUCAGAUUCUUACAUACAAAUCUCCCUUCCCUUUUGAUUUAAUCCCCAACCGACAAUGGCUCUGUGUAGCCCUCAACUACACAAGUUUUUGCAGGGCAGGAUUUGCUGCAAUCGCGGCUGUAAUAGAACCUCGACUAGGAAGCGCAUGAGCAGUAGAGUGAAGGGCGGAGAGGGGCAAAUAUCUUGCUCUGCCAUUGCGAUAGAUGCGCCGUCUUCCUUGACGAGUGUUUCUGGGAUCAGAUGGGGCUCGGCUCAGCUUAAGGGAGCCCGCGAAGAGAUGGAGGAUGACUCUGUGAUCAUUCAGUCCGAUGAGCUUGAUGGGUUCUCUUAUGCCGCUGUUUUUGAUGGCCAUGCUGGAUUCUCUUCUGUUAAAUUCCUCAAAGAAGAACUGUACAGAGAGUGUGCUGCUGCGUUGAAAGGCGGGCAAGUGUUGGAUGGGAAGGAAUUCCAAGCAAUCAAGAAGGCACUCCGAGAGGCUUUUGAAAGCGCUGAUGCAAAACUAUUGAAGUGGCUGGAGGAGAGCGGAGAAGAAGCAGAGUCUGGUUCCACUGCCACAGUCAUUUUUGUCCGGAGUGAUAUGAUGAUUGUCUCGCAUGUUGGCGACUCAUGCGUGGCUCUGUCAUGUGCUGGGAAAGCUCAAGUCUUGACUGGUUCUCACAGGCCUUAUGGAAACAACAAAGUGGCUCUACAAGAGAUCAGGCGAAUUUUAGAGGCCGGAGGAUGGGUGUGUUGGUCUAAGCGGUCUCCUUUGCUCAUCAUUCGUUCAUGGCAACAUUUCAACUGCAGUGCUUCUUUUGUUUCUCUGAUCUAUUCAGCCCAUCUGCCGGGUGUCUGUCUUAUAGCUAUCAAUUCGUGUGUGCAGAUUAAUAACGGAAGGAUUUGUGGAGACAUCUCAGUAUCCCGUUCUUUUGGUGACAUGAGAUUCAAGACCAAGAAGAAUGAGAUGCUGAAGAAAGGUGUGGAGGAAGGCCGAUGGACCGAAAAAUUUGCUUCUCGCAUUCAACCGAAAGGAGACUGGGUUACGGCAUCUCCCGAUGUUUUUCAAGUAGCUCUUGGACCGGAUGCUGAAUUUGUAGUAUUAGCAUCAGAUGGUUUGUGGGAUUACAUUAACAGUUCGGAUGCUGUCAUUUUUGUUCGAAAUCAUCUCCGACAGCAUGGAGAUGUUCAGAUGGCUUCUGAAGCUCUAGCUCAGUUGGCUCUGAACCGAUAUUCACAAGACAACAUCAGCAUUGUGAUAGCCGAUCUUGGGCAAACGGAUUGGCAAAGUCUCCCGGUGCAACAGCAGCAGCAAAAUGUUGUGCUUGAAUUGGGCCAGGCCGUCGCAACCCUCAGCUUAGUGUCACUUGGAAUUUGGGCAUUCACUCUCUUCUCAUCAUGAAAACGCCACACAGAGACGCUGUACAUAGGCACCAAGAACCCACCUGAUCCUGAUCCCGAUCCCCCCUUGUGCUUUAUAUACUUACUUAAAUGAGUUGAGCAUAUAUGCACAUAGUUAUUAUUACAUCUCGGAACAAUCAAGGAAUGCAUACGCCCCCCUCCCUCCUCAUAUUUCAGCUAA